ACAUUUUUAAAAUGGCAGAAUCAAUUUCAAUUGAAGAGACCAAUGCCAUUCGUAAAAAAUUGGGUCUUCCACUAUUAGCAGUUGAAGGCAGCGAUGAUGAAACAGUUGAUCCUGAAAGAGAGGCCUAUGAAAACUAUCAAAAACAAAAACAAGAAAAAGAACGGGAAGCAAAAGAGGAGAAAAUUAGAGAGAGCAUUGAAAAGUCUAAAAAUCGUAAAAGAAAACUAGAAAAACUUCAAGGUAAAGGCCUUGCCGAAGCUAGUGAUGAUGAAGAUGAAAGCGCACUAGCAUGGAUUAAAAAAAGUCGAAAGCGAGAAAGGGAAUUAGCAGCACGCCGAGCUAAAGAAUUAGAGGAGAUGGAUAAUGCAUAUCAAACUUACGAUGCAGAACAAUUAGCAGGUCUUAAAGUAAGCCAUUCUCUCUCGGAAUUUCAAGAAGGAGAAGAAACCAUUUUAACAUUAAAGGAUCGAGGCAUUCUUGAUGAAGAAGAUGUAGAAGAACUAACUAAUGUCAAUCUUGAAGAUCGAGAGCGAUUGAAAAAGAAUCUUGAAGCUAAGAAGCAAAAACCAGGUUAUAAUCCAUACGAUGAUGAUCAAUUUAGUGGUAAAAAGCAGAGUAUUCUUCCUCAAUACGAAGAAGAAGAAGAAGAAAAUGGUUUUGUAAUUGGAAAUGCUGGAGUAGUUCAAGUUGAAAAAGAGAAAGAGAAUGAAAAAACAGUUUCUCAAAAAUUAAAAGAACAGACUUUAUCUUAUGAAAAAAUGCAAGAAAUUAAAGAUUACUAUACCCAAGAAGAAGCAGAAGCUACAUUUAAAAAGCCAAAAUCUAAAAAGAAAAAGAAGACGAGAAGAAAGAAUAAAGAUGAUGAUGAUCUUAAUAUUUCAACUACAGCAUCUAUAGUAGAAGAUUCACCAGAGUCAACUUCUACUACAGCUUCUAAAUCUCGUACUAUAGAUCCAGAUGCUAAUUUUGUAGAUGAUGAUGAGCUUCAAGAAGCUCUUGCACGUUCAAGAAGAAUAGCCAAUAAACAGAAAAGUAAACUUAUCAAGAAAAUGACACCAGAAGAAAUUGCCAGACAACUUAAAGAAGAACAAAUAAAAGAAGAAGAAGAUAAUGAUACAGGUGGACUUGUUUUAUCCGAAACAACAGAAUUUGUUAAUUCUCUUGGUCGUAAUAUUCCUAUUUUUAAUCCUAGAGAAACAACUUAUACUGUUAAGAGUGAGGAACCUAAGAUCAAGGUAGAACCUGAUACAGAACGUUAUAUUGUUCAUGAAAUUAAAGAUGAACCACAUUCUGAGUCUGAACAAAUAUUAGAAUCUGAAAAAGAGGAGAACGUAGAUCAUACAAUGGAAGAUAUAAAAGAAGAAGAAACAAUGGUUGAAAUUAAGCAAGAAAUUACAGAAGCAAAUAAUAACGUCGAAGAGCCUUUGGUUGAAGAACCUUUAGUUAGUCGUGGCCUUGCAGCAACAUUAUCGUUAUUAAACCAAAAAGGUAUUCUUGCCAAGCCUACUGAGGAGCAAAUUAAACGAGAUAAAAUUGCAGCAGAGCAAAUAAGAUGGCAAAAUGAACAACGAAAGAAAGAAAGAAUCAGAGAAUUGGAGGAUAGAAGAGAAAAAGAAAGACGUAGAGGCGUUGAUAGAAGAGAUUAUAACACUGAACGUAUGAGAGAAUUAGAGCGCGAAAGAGAACGAGAAAGAGAGAGAGAAGAGGCAAGAAGAUUACGUGAAUUUGAGUUAGCAAUGGAAAAUUAUAAACCUGAAGUUAAUUUAGAAUAUACUGAUGAUAGUGGUCGUGUAAUGAACACACAUGAAGCCUUCAGAUAUAUGUCGCAUAAAUUCCAUGGCAAGACAUCAGGAAAGACUAAAACAGAAAAGAGAAUGAAGAAGAUCGAAGAAGAACGUAGAUUGAAUAUGAUGAGCAGUACUGACACACCUCAUAAUUUGGCUAAUGCAUUACUGGAAAGACAAAAACGAACUGGUAAUGCUCAUGUGGUAUUAAGUAUUGGUAAUAGAGGAGUUGUUCCAACUUCUACACCUUUAGAAGGUUUAUCAAAAUCUAAAGAUAACAGUAAUAAUAAAAAAUAAGCCAUUUCUUUUAGUGGUUAUUCUUUUCAGUAAAGUUUUUGUAUUAUUACUUUUAAUUUAUACAAACUAAUACAAAAUAUACUUAUUU